GGCCAGGUCCGGGGCGAAAACCGUUCGCUGACCAAUUUUAGACACAGGAUGGACCAAGGCAACUCAUCUGAGAACAUAGCUGAUGCACCAACAGAGGUACCUGCCAGAGGUCCCGGGGAGGCUGGCAUUAAAGCUGAGUAUCUCAUUUACAAGAAGCAGCAGCAUCCGGAAACAGAAGACGCUAAGGAGCCUGUCGAUGCAGUCGCCAAGAGGAUGAAGCUGUCGGAGGAGUCACCGUCCGACGAUGGUGCAGCACCAGCGGAGGCCGAGGCGGCUCCAUCCGAACCGGGUGGUGACUCAAAGAACAGGCACAAGAAGGAGAAGCAGCGUGGCCGCAACAAGCACCGGCCAGGGAUGGCGCGCCAGGCGCCGGCCGAGAAGCUCUGUCCCGUGCUGAAGGACGUGCUGGACUCGGAGCCGGAGCGGCAGUGCCAGUUCAAGGGCCGCUGCCACUUCCUGCACGACCGCGCCGCCUACGCCGCCGCCAAGCCGGCCGACCUGGGCGCCGAGUGCUACAUGUUCAGCACGCACGGCCGCUGCCCCUGCGGACUCACGUGCAGGUUCGGCGCCGGCCACACCACCGCCAGUCACCGGAGCGUCGACGGCGACCCGGAACGCUGGAGGCGCUACCAGGCGCUGCGGCCCACGCGCAACGUGCUGCAGAAGGACGUGCAGCAGCGGCUGUGGAAGCGCAAGUACGAUUUCUCGGCGGCGAUGGCCGCCGUGCAGCGGUUCGAUCGGCGGCCGGCGCCGGCCGGCGGGUCUCACCGGCCAGCGCGCCGGCCGGCGGAGAACGGCCACGGCCCCGAGCAAGGCGGGACCGCUGACGUCCCGGCCCCGGUCGCCGGGGCCCCGGGCCCUGAGGCCCCGGUCGCCGGGGCCCCGGGCCCUGAGGCCCCGGCCGCCGAGGCCCCGGGCCCCGAGACCGCGAUGGAUGCUGAGGCGGCCCCAGCCGCCGCUCCUGAGGCGACCGUGGCUCCUGAGACGGCUCCAGCCCCUGAAGCGACUCCAGCUGACAUUCCUAGGGCGUCGCCGGCCGGGGCCCCGGUCUGCACGGAGGCCGGCGACCGCCCGCCGCCGGCCGGCGCCGCUGUCAAGCUGCUCGGACCUCACUCAGACGCCGAUCUCGUCCGGCUGCGGUCAACCGAGAAAAAGAAGGUGGUGUGGGAGGACCAGCUGUACCUGGCGCCGCUGACCACGGUCGGCAACCUGCCGUUCCGCCGGCUGUGCCGCCGCCUCGGGGCCGACAUCACCUGCGGCGAGAUGGCCAUGGCGGCGAACCUGCUGCAGGGCUCGCAGGCCGAGUGGGCGCUGGUGCGCCGACACCACUCCGAGACGGUGUUCGGAGCGCAGAUCUGUGGCAACAACCCGGGCCUGCUGACGCGCUGCUCCCAGCUGCUGAACGAGACCUGCGAGCUCGACUUCAUCGACAUCAACCUCGGCUGUCCCAUUGAGAUGGUCUACGCCCAG